CAGCCAACACCUGCAGGCAGCGCCUGUAGAUCCCAGAUCGAGUCGAUCCAGAUCGAGUCGAUCCUCGCAGCCCGGAAGUCAGGCGCAGGAUCCCUCGGCGGGUCUCAGCAGCUUCCAGCCAUGGUGUUCGAGUCUCUGGUCAGCGACCUGCUCAACAGGUUCAUCGGGGAUUAUGUGGAGAACCUGGAGUCCCAGCUGAAGAUCGGGAUCUGGGAGGCGAGAAAUGUCGUUCUGGAGAACCUGAGGGUGAAGGAAAACGCUCUGAGUGAGUUUGAUGUUCCCUUCAAAGUAAAAGCUGGACAGAUUGGCAAGCUGACGUUGAAGAUCCCCUGGAAGAACCUGUACGGCGACGCGGUGGUGGCCACGCUGGAUGGUCUCUACCUGCUGGUCGUUCCUGGAGCCACGAUAAAAUACGAUGCAGAGAAGGAGGAGCGCUACCAGCAGGAGGCGAAGCAGAAGGAGCUGCAGCGCAUCGAGGAGGCGCUGCAGAGCGCGACACGAAGAGCGUCUCAGAGCGGAGAUCUGCUGUUCGGUCUGGAGAGCGUUGUUUACAAGGAGCAGCUCAAUGUCCCAAAAGGACGUAAAAAAAACAAAAAGCACAAAAAAGUUCUAAAGAAACUGAAGCGACAGGAACAAAAAGCAGAUAAAUCUCAAGAAGACAAGAAGGACACGUUCAUGGAGAAACUCGCCACUCAGGUGAUCAAGAACCUGCAGGUGAAGAUCAGCAGCAUCCACCUGCGCUAUGAGGAUGACCUGUCAGAUCCACAGCGCCCCCUAUCGAUGGGAGUAACACUAUCAGAGCUCAGCCUGCAGACCACUGAUGAGAACUGGAAGCUGUGCAUUCUGAAUGAAGCUGCAAAGAUCAUCUAUAAGCUGGGCCGUCUGGAGAGUCUCUGCGCCUACUGGAACGUCAACAGUCCCAUGUACUACCAGAACUCUUGGCAGGACCUUGUGGACCGGUUGAGGUCAGAGAUCAGGAGCAAAGACCAGCAACUGCCUCACUAUCAGGACAUCUUCAAGCCGAUCUUCGCUUCGGCUAAAAUGUGCAUCAACCCGAAUGCAGAGGCAGACCUGAAGUCUCCGAAGGUAAAGCUGCAGCUGGAGGUCCAGAGCAUUGGCAUCGAGAUGACCAAACCUCAGUACCUGAGCAUGGUGGAGGUACUGGAGUCCAUUGAUCUAAUGGCAAAGAGCACCCUUUACAGGAAGUUCAGGCCAGAUGUUCCUGUCAGUAAGAACGCUAAAGUCUGGUGGAAAUACGCUUUCAACAGCAUCAUGGAGGUCCACAUUCGACGCCUCAGCCACAUGUGGUCCUGGUCCAAGAUUCAGCAGCACCGGGAGAGCCUUAAGGUCUACAAGGCUGCCUACAAGAGCAAGCUGCUGAGCCAGAACAAGCCAGCGCCAGACACUGAGAAGCAGAUCCAGGACCUGGAGAAAAUCCUGGACGUGUUCAACAUCACUCUGGCCCGUCAGCAAGCCCAGAUGGAGGUGGUCCGGUCGGGCCAGAAGCUGGCUGGGAAGAAAGCCGGAGGCCAGAAACAAGGAGGAGGCUUUUUCAGUGGCUGGUUUGGGAAAAAGGCUAAGAAGGAGGAGCAGGAGGAAGACAAGGAGCCUGAGACUUCGGGUUUGGACCAGCUGAUGACAGCAGAAGAGAAGGAAAAACUCUACACAGCUAUUGGCUACAGCGGCAGCUCACACAACCUGGCUUUACCCAAACAGUACGUCGGUGCCAUUAUCACCUUCCAGCUGCUCAAAACAUCAGUGACCAUCAGAGAGCAGCGCGACGUCCCGGAGAUCCUCAACAUCCAGAUGGUCAACCUGAGCACCAAGAUAUCCCAGAGACCCGGCGCGCAGGCGGUCAGGGUGGAGGUGGCGCUGGAGCACUGGUACGUCACAGGGCUGCAGCAGCGGGGCGCUGUCCCCUCACUCAUCGCCUCCGUGGGCGAUUCUUCAUCAUCGCUUCUCAACGUGGUGUUUGAGUUGAACCCUGAGGAGAGUUCUGGAGACCAGCUGCUGAAGAUCCACUCCCAGCCAGUGGAGAUCAUCUACGACGCGGUGACUGUCAACAGCAUGGUGGACUUCUUCAAGACGGGGAAAGGCGUAGACCUGGAGGUCCUGACGUCGGCCACGCUGUCCAAACUGGAGGAGAUCAAAGAGAAGACCGCUGCAGGUUUGUCUCACAUCAUUGAAACGCGGAAGGUCCUGGAUCUGAAGAUCGACCUGAAGCCGUCCUACCUGAUCGUACCAAAGUCCGGCUUUUACAGCAGCGAGUCAGACCUGCUGAUUGUGGACUUUGGUAGCUUCCAGCUGUACAGCGUGGACCAGGGCAGUCGGGGUUCAUCGUCCUCCUCGUCUCUGGAGGAGAUCAUGGAUCGAGCCUACGAGCGGUACGACGUGGGGCUGAGGAAGGUCCAGCUGCUCUACAGCAAGUCAGGAGAGGCUUGGAAGACGGCGCGGCUGCAGAGUUCCUCGGCGCAGCACGUCCUGCGGCCCAUGGACCUCACGCUCCACCUGGCCAAGUGCAUGGUGGAAAAGGACGUCCGCAUGCCCAGGUUCAAGGUGUCUGGCGAGCUGCCGCUCAUGCAUGUCAGAAUCUCAGACCGGAAGAUCCAGAACGUCCUGGAUCUGGUGGAGAGCGUCCCGCUGCCCACGGCCGGCUCUGCUCCUCCCACCCCCGCUGAGAAGGUGUUGCCGUUGGCUGUGACGCAUCCUCUGGCUCAGAGUCUCGGCCCCUCCUUCUUGGACGCCUUCGACACAGACUCUGAAGAAGACGGCGGUGAGAAGCUGACGGAUCUCCAGCGGUCGGCUGAGGAAGAACUCGUCAACGUUCACUUCAAUUUCGAGCUCAGAGAGGUUCUGCUGGAGCUGACCCGGCAGGAGGACCAGGAGAAGACGGUUCUGUCCUUCAAUGUGUCCCAGCUCGGAGCUGAGGGGAAAAUGCGAAGCUUGGAUCGGAGCGUCACCGCGUACCUGCGGCGCUUUGCCGUUGACUACCGUGACGUUCCAGGGGGCAGCGCUCCGCUCCACCUCAUCAGCUCCUCCCAACAGCAGGACUCCAACCUGCUGAAGGUGGAGUUCAUCAAGGUCGACCCCAAUGGUCCCAGUUUCCAGUCUCUGUUCAACAACACGGAGCAGACGCUGAAGGUGGAAGUUUCCUCUCUGGACUUCCUGCUUCAUACCAAAGCUCUGCUCGCGACCAUUAGCUACCUGAACAGCGCUGUGCCACCGCGGCUCAGCGCCAUGCGGGACCAGGACGCUGAGAAACAGGUCCAGAAGACACAGCAGAGUCGGACAGAGUCUAAAGGCAGUAAAGAUGGCGGCAGCAUCUUCAGCUUCAGGCUCUUCGCCAUGUUGGGCUGCUUCCAUGUUGAGGUGUGCGAUGACCAUGGCAGCAUCGCUGACAUCAGAGUCAAGGGUGUCGACGCCUCGGUGUUUGUGCAGGCGAAGGAGACAGAAGUGUUCGCCCGCCUCAGAGACAUCGUGGUGAUGGACGCCAACCCCAAGACCGUCCACAGGAAGGCCGUGUCCAUCGUAGGCGAGGAGGUGUUCAACUUCAAGCUGUCCUUGUUUCCGGGGGCAACGCAGGGGGACGGAUACAGAGAUAUGUCAAAGGUGGACGGGAAGGUGACCUUGAGUCUGGGCUGCAUCCAGAUCAUCUACCUGCACAAGUUCCUUUUGUCCUUACAGGCUUCCUUUAGCUUUCAGUACCCGUCAGCUGAUGAGAUGUUCAUUGACAACUUUCAGACGGCUAAAGACGCUCUGAGUGCCGCCACUUCUCAGGCCGCAGAGAGAGCUGCGUCCAGCGUCCGAGACUUCGCUCAGAAGAGUUUCCGUCUGUCCACGGACAUCAGGCUGAAGGCUCCCCUCAUCAUUGUCCCUCAGUCCUCCACCUCCCAGAAUGCCCUGGUGGUGGAUCUGGGGCUGAUCACGGUGGACAACAGCUUUGCUCUGCGGCCAAGUGAAGGGUUACCUCUGCCGGCCGUGAUGGAGAAGAUGGACAUAAAGCUGACGCAGCUGAAACUCUGCAGAAAAACGCCGGAGCUCGACUUUCCUCCCAAAGACAUCGAGAUCCUUCAGCCGAUCAACGUGGAGCUGCUGGUCACCAGAAACCUGGCUGCUUCCUGGCUGACGGAGAUCCCUGCCGUCCAGGUGCAGGGCGUCCUGCGCUCCCUCAGAGUGAGUCUGGGGGAAGAGGAGCUGGGCGUGCUGAUGAAGAUCCUGGUGGAGAACAUCGGAGAGGGAAGUAAAGACUCCGGCGCUGACGUCAUAUCGGCAGCAACCGUAGGGAAGGCGGAGCUUAGCGGACAGCCAGAGGCGGAGCCACGGCGGUCUGACGGUCAGACGGCCUCGGCCAGUGAAGGACCGGCUGCAGACGACGUCGUCAAAGUUCUGGUCGACUUUGAAGUAAAAGAGGUGUUGCUGUCCCUCAAGAAGCGCCUUGACCAGCAGGAGGCGCCGUUCCUGGUGUUCCAACUCGACCAGCUGGGAAUCCACACCAAGGUCCGCAGGUUCGACCUGUGCGCCACCACCUACAUUAGACAGGUUUCCAUGAAGAGCCUGGAGUUCAAAGACGCCGACGGCAACCCGCUGUGUCUCGUCAGCUCCUCGGCUGAGUCCGGCGCCGAGCUGCUCAAGGUGGAGUUCUGCAAGGCAGACCGCACCGGACCAGAGUUCUGCUCCGUCUACAAGAACACGGAGCAAACGAUCCAGGUGAUGUUCUCGUCUCUGGACAUCCUGCUCCACACCCAGGCUCUCCUGUCGGCCGCCAACUUCUUGUCCAUGUCUCUGUCAUCGUCCAGCAGCGUGCCGCCUGCAGAGAAGAACGUCCGGCUGAAGACGGAAGACAAGAUGGCGACUUCCCGGUCUGGGGUCCUGGUCUCGCCCGCAGACCCGGAGGUGCUGGACCUGAAGGCGACCAUGACGCUGGGAGCCUUCAACAUCCUGGUCUGCGACCUGACCUCCAACAUGGCUGACAUCAGAAUCACAGGAUUGGACAGCUCGCUGCUGAGACGAGGCGAUCAGACCCAGAUAUCGGCCCGGCUGCGGGACGUGGUCGUCCUGAACGUAGAUCCCAGGUCCGUCCACAAGGAGGCUGUCUCCAUCGUGGGAGACGAGGUGUUCAGCUUCAGCAUGAGUCUGACUCCCAACGCCACCGAAGGCGCCGGCUACGCCGACACCUCUAAGGCGGACGGCCAGGUGAAGCUGAGGGUGGGGUGCAUCCGGGUGGUCUACCUGCACAGGUUCAUCAUGUCUCUGCUGAACUUCAGCAACAACUUCCAGGCAGCAAAAGAGGCGCUGAGUUCAGCGACGGCGCAGGCUGCAGAGAAAGCUGCGUCCAGCGUCUUGGCUCAGAGGACGUUCCGUCUGUCCUUGGACAUCCGGGUGAAGGCUCCCCUCAUCAAUCCCCAGUCCUCCACUUCCCAUAAUGCACUUGUGAUGGUGGGUCUCAUUACGGUGGGGAACAGUUUCUCUGUGCUGCCGGCAGGAGAGCGCCCCCUGCCUGCUGUCGUCGACAACAUGGCUGUGCAGCUGUCUGAGCUGCACCUGUCCAGGACCUGGUUGGACUCCAUGUCCGAGAAGCCGAGCGUGGAGCUGCUGAGGCCGGUGAACCUGCAGCUCAGCAUCAGGAGGAACCUGGCGGCGUCCUGGUACCACAAGAUGGCCGCCGUGGAGCUGGACGGAGACCUGAGGCCCAUGGAGCUGGAGCUCAGCCAGGACGACCUCAGGGUCACGCUACAGAUCCUGUCGGAGAACCUGGCAGAAGCCGGCGGUUCGGAUGGCGGCGCCGCCCCAAAGGAUGUCCGCCUGCAGGUCCCAGCGACCGCGGCGCCCCCUUCAGGUGAGCCAGCUGGGAGAGGACAGCAAGGUGAGGAUGAUGCUGUGGAGACUCUCAAGUUUUCCUUCAACAUCCAGUCUCUGGGUCUGGUUCUGUAUCACGACGACCCGAAACAGGUGACCGCGGGCCUUGGCCACCAGGAGAACCUCAGACUGGGCCAGCUGGUUCUGAGUCUGAUGACGGCUUCAGGACGGGUCAGGUCCAACGGCAGCAUGGAGGUGAACACGGUUCUGACGGCGUGCACUCUGGAUGACCUGCGGGCCGGACUGAACCGGGUCACGUCACGGAUGGUGGGACAGAGGGACGAGGGCGUCUCCCAGGCCAUGGUGGACGUGACGCUCCGCCAGGGUCCAGUAGAGCGAGAGCUGGUGGCCGUCCUGCAGAAGCUCUAUCUGUGUGCCAGCGUGGAGUUCCUCACGGCAGUCGCAGAUUUCUUCCUGCAGGCUCUGCCUCCGAGUCCAGCUGCAGCCGUCCCCGCCGCCCCGAGCAACAAGCUGCCACUGAAGCAGAUCUCAGAACCACGGAGCGAAACCAAACCCGCCGCGGCGCUGACGACCCGGCUGCGGGCCGUCGUGGUGGACCCGGAGGUGGUGUUUGUGGCCGACCUGAUGAAGGCGGACGCGCCGGCGCUCGUCGCCUCAUUUCAGGGCGAUUUCAACCUGCUGGCGGAGGCGGACGGAACGCGCAGCGUGAGGGCCAACCUGAGGGAACUGAAGGUUCUGGCCGGCCCGUUCAUUCAGAGCAAGGAGAACGGAGCCGUGACCACCGUGCUGCGGCCCUGCUCUGUCACACUGGAAACCAGAACCAGUCGGACCCGGCCGGCCAGCGGCUCGGUGACGGUGGAGGAAGUCAUCGUUAAGAUCUCUCCGGUCAUCCUCAACACGGUGAUGACCAUAACGGCCGGCAUGACGGCCAAGCCACCGGCCGAGCCGGGUCGGGCGUCUCCGGUGGAGGUCAGCGACCUGUGGUCCGUCAUGAACGUCUACAACUGCAACUUCUGGUUCCUCGGGGUGGACCAGGCCACCGAGAUCACAGAGAGCUACCGGGAGUCUGACGGCAGCACCGAUGGGGAAACCUUCACCGCCCAGGUCAAGGUGGUGCAGGUGACGCUGGAGUCGGGUUUGGGCCAUCGGACGGUCCCGCUGCUGCUGGCUGAGACGUCCCUUAAUGGAGUGGCCAAGAACUGGUCGUCUCUGCUGCAGCUGCAGGCCGACUUGACGCUGGAGGUGAACUAUUUUAACGAGGUCCACGGUGUGUGGGAACCGCUGAUAGAGCGAGUGGACAGCGGCCGGCGCCGCUGGAACCUGGAGCUGGAGAUUAAGAAUAAUCCAGUCAUGGACAAGAGUCCCGUGCAUGGAGAUGACUUUGUGUUUCUUCCUGAACCUCAAACUGCCAUCAAUAUCUGCUCCAAAGAGACCCUGAACAUCACUGUCUCCAAGUCCAGCCUCAGCGUCUUCCAAAAGCUUGCAGAGGCAUUCAGUGAGGGAGCAGCCUCAGCCUUCGACCACACUCUGAAGGAGAAACCUCCCUUCACCCUGAGAAAUGCUCUGGGAAUUCCAAUUAUCGUGCAGCACAGUGCCAACCUGAGGCGGGUCGGAUCCGUGGCACCAGGAAAACUUCACGAGCUGUCGGUGGAUCAGAGCAUCGAAUUGAUGCACUCUGCUUUUGAAUCCACAAUCGGAGGGAAACUGUCAGCUCUGCAGCGUCAGGAGAGCGGCCUGUUUAACCUCACCAUCGUGCCUUCUGGGUACAGCGAGAUCUCCAACAUCUCUGUGGACAACGCUGGCAGACGUCUCUACAACGUUCGAGGUCCGAUGCUGAAGGAGGCGGUGUCGGUGCUGCUGCAGAUUGAUGCUGCUGAAGGCAACAAGAUCAUCACUGUACGCUCUCCCUUGCAGAUUAUAAACCACUUCACAGAACCCUUCACCAUCCUGAAAUACUGCCCAGCAUCCAGAACCCUUCAGAGCAUCGGCACAGCAGAGCCGGAACGGGAGUUUCAUGUUGAUCUGGAAGCAUACAGGUGCCAGCUGUUUGUACGUCCAGCGGGUCGCCUGGACGGGCUGUACGGUCCGUCUUCCAGCUGCGUGGCCUGGAAGGAGCAGGUCCACUGCAGCUCUGAGGUCCAGUCCGUGCUGCAGUGUCCUGCGUCGGACAGCAACCUGCUGCCGCUCAUGGUCAGCACGCUGGCCGUCCCUGACGAACUGCGGCACAUCAGCAGCCACGGCGAGGAGGACUGGGACCCCGCCUACGUCCUUCACCUGCAUCCAAUGGCAGCGCUGUGCAACCUGCUGCCGUACACCGUCAGCUACAUCAUGGAGAACUCAGCUGAAGUCUAUGAGAUUCAGGAGGGCAGCACCUCAGACCUGCUGAACGCCCGCUUGUCGGGUGAGAUCAUGUCUGUGGCGCUGAUCCAGUACCAGGGCCGGGGCUGGCACGGACACAUCCAGAUCAAACGGGAACUACCCGAGUUUUUCGCCGUGUGUCUGACCUGCGACACGGAUGCGGCGCUGACGGUGGACGUGAGCGUUCACGUGACAAAGACAGCGAGCCGCAUCCUGCUGUCGCUCUUCAGUCCGUACUGGAUCAUCAACAAGACGAGCCGGGUGCUUCAGUACAGCUCAGAGGACGCCGUCUUCAAGCAUCCGGCCGAGUACCGAGACGUUGUCCUCUUCUCCUUCAAGAAAUCAAAUCUGUUCACCAAAAGCAAGCUGCAGCUCUGCAUCUCUACCAGCUCCUUUUCUGACGGCUUCUCCCUGGACACAGUGGGAAGCUACGGUUGCGUCCGCUGUCCCUCCACCAACAUGGACUUUUUGGUGGGCGUCAGCAUCCAGAUGAGCAGCUUCAACCUGACCAGAAUCGUCACCUUCAGUCCGUUCUACACGUUGGUCAACAAGUCUUCAUACGAACUGGAGGUGGGAGAACUCCUCAGCCAGACGGCCACUAGGUGGCACUACGUCCCAUCCACCGAGUGCCUCCCUCUGUGGCCGGAGAAUGCCUCCAAGAAGCUUUGUGUCCGAGUGGUGGGAUCACUGUCCCACUCCAAGUUCUUCUUCUUCAGUCAGCAAGACAACGGCACCCUGCUGAGCAUGGACGUGUGUGGAGGGAUCAUGGUGGAUAUCAACGUCUCCAAUCACGCCACCAUCAUCAGCUUCAGUGAAUAUUAUGACGGAGCCGCCCCCGCCCUGCUGAUUAACCACACGCCCUGGGCCACCAUCAGCUACAGGCAGAGUGGUUCAGAGGUGACCCACAAGCUGGAACCCUGCCAGGCCCGACGCUUUUCUUGGGAUGACCCAGCAGGAACCCGCAAGCUCUGCUGGAACUGCAAGGAGCAUUCAGGGGAGCUGGACCUGCUGCAGGAUGCCGUGAGUCAGUUUACCUAUGACGGCCAGGCUCAGGUCCACUGGGUGUCCUUCCUGGAUGGACGGCGGGUGCUGCUUUUCACCGAGGACACCGGCGUGGUGACCAAGGCUCGGCAGUCGGAGGAGCUCGAACAAUUUCAGCAGGAACUGAAAGUGUCUCUGCAGAACCUCGGCCUGUCGCUCAUCAACAACGGCGACCGGCAGGAGAUCGCUUACAUCGGCAUCACCAGCUCUGGCGUGGUUUGGGAGUUUAAGCCAAAGAAUCGCUGGAAGUCCUUCAGUCAGAAGAACAUCAACCUGCUGGAGAAGGUUUACCAGAAUCAGCUGAGUGGCAAGACGGAGGGAGGCUGGGUCAGACUGGACAGCAACCUGGAGGUGAACCUCAGCCCAGCUGUCAUGAUGAUGCGGCAACCCCAUGCCUGUCCUGUGAGGAGGAACUUCCUGUCUGGGAUCCAGGUGGAGUUCAAGAGGUCACUGCACCAGCGCAGCCUGAGAGCCCAACUGCACUGGUUGCAGGUGGACAACCAGUUGCCAGGUGCAGUUUUCCCCAUCAUCUUCCAUCCAGUCCCUCCACCAAAGUCCAUUGCUCUGGACUCAGAGCCAAGACCCUUCAUCGAUGUGUCUGUCAUCACAAGGUUCAACCAGCACAGCAACGUCACCCAGAUUAAGUACUUCAUGGCUCUAGUUCAGGAGAUGGCGUUGAAGAUCGAUCAAGGUUUCCUUGAUGCUGUUGCAGCUCUGUAGCCAGCUGCUAACCUGCAGAACGAUGGAAAGAAGGUGAAGAGAAUCUGACUCAUCGAAGGAGAUUUGAAGCGUCUUCAAGCCGAGCCGACUGACGCCUCUCUGUCCGACGUGUCGGGACUCAGCUUCUUUGAGCAUUUUCACAUCUCACCUGUCAAGCUCCACCUCAGUCUGUCUCUGGGCUCCAGCGACAGUGACUCUGCCCAGAACAACCCCAUUACGCAGUCCCUGAACCUGGUGCUGAAGAGCAUCGGUGCUACUCUGACCAACGUUGAUGAUAUCAUCUUCAAACUGGCCUUUUUUGAAGUGAGGUACCAGUUCUACAGCAAAGAGAAGCUGAUGUGGGCUGUGGGCCGACACUACUCUGAAGAGUUCCUUAAGCAGAUGUAUGUUCUGGUUCUCGGCCUGGAUGUGCUGGGUAAUCCGUUUGGAAUGAUCCGAGGCCUUUCUGAAGGCGUGGAGGCCUUCUUUUAUGAACCAUUCCAGGGAGCCGUUCAGGGUCCAGAGGAGUUUGCUGAAGGUUUAGCGAUCGGGGUCCGCAGCCUUUUUGGUUCAACUGUUGGUGGCGCUGCAGGAAUGUUCUCCAAGAUCACAGGCUCCAUGGGUAAAGGCCUGGCUGCCAUGACCAUGGACAAGGAGUUCCAGCAGGAACGCAGAGAGGACAUGAACCGGCCGACGAAGGACUUCAAAGACAGUCUCGCCAAAGGAGGAAAAGGACUGCUGAAGGGCGUUGUUGGUGGGGUUACUGGCAUUGUGACCAAACCAGUGGAAGGAGCCAGGAAGGAGGGCGCGGCCGGCUUCUUUAAGGGCAUCGGGAAGGGCCUGGUGGGUGUGGUGGCGCGGCCCACCGGCGGAUUCGUGGACAUGGCCAGCAGCACCUUCCAGGGGAUCCAGAGAGCGGCCGAGGCAACAGAGGAGGUGACCAAACUCCGGCCGGUCCGUCUGAUCCGGGAGGACGGGAUCAUCCGACCUUAUGACCUCACUGAGUCGCAGGGUUUCCAUCUCUACCAGAGGAUCAAACAUCUGGACGGUGAAGUGUUCAGAAGCUGCAGUCCGACCCCAGGCCACAGGAAGUCCAACAUCAUCGUCACCAACAGACGCGUGUUCUGUGUGAAGGAGAUGGAUCUGCUGGGUCACCUGACUACUGACUGGGAAUGCUUGUUUGAGAACUUCUACCGUCCUCCGGCGGUGUCCGGAUCAGAGCUCAAGAUUUAUUGCAAGGAGAUCCAUAAACUGAAGCUUCCUAAAAAUCAGGAGCCUGUCAGAACCAUCCAAUUCAAAGACCCAAAAUCUGCCAAGGAGCUGCAUGAAGCCAUCUGGGAAGCUCAGGACGCCCAGAGGCAGCACCACAUGGUCAGGCAAAGGUCCCAGCGCUUCCUGAGACUCAGCAAGAAGCAGUGAUGUCACUUCCUGUCUGUGGCUGUCCUGCAGAAUAUGUUACUGAAAUCAUUGCAAACUCACAAGUUGUUUCAGAAUAAAAUCAGGAAAUGUUGGCUGUUUUUUUCUGUUGCUGAAAAAUGAAAUUGUUCCAUAUAUUCUUGUUAACUAUAUAGAACAAUUAUGUUGAAACCUGAAGGAAAUGAUAAUGUAAAUGUUUGUCAGUCAUUUGGGUGGAAUAUAUUUUAUUUGUAGUUUGUGGGUUAUUUCCCUGCUCUGUUCCUGCAGGUUUCAGUUCUUUAUGCCUUGAAAUGAAUCCUUCAAAAUGCUUUGCACUAAGAUUUUUGCAUCACCACUGCAAUAACUGAUGCUUACUUUAUCAUUUUUAUUGAAAAAAACAAAAAUAUGAAACUUUUCUCCAAAAUUUUAAAAAGAAAUGAAGAAACUUGAAAAUGAUUUAUUGA